CUGAUGCAGGAUGGCUGAGCGCGCAGGAGCCCGGGAGGUCUGAGCCGGGCGAGGCUCGCUCCGUGCGCAUCGCCUCGUCCGCCCGCCGCGUGGUCGCGGGCAGGUGGGCUCGGGGCGCAGCGCAGGGCGGGGCAGGACCAGGGAAGGUAGGUCUGCAGCCCGCGGGGCCGAAUGCUGAUAGACUGCCCACCUACCCAGUCUCGCAGCGGCCAGAGCUGCCCAUCCGCAGAGUUCGCCAUGACCUGCUGAGAAGCUUCGUCGGAGGCUGCAGGAGGCGGCCUCGCUGCGGGCGGUGCGGUUCGCGGCCUCCUCCUUGGUCUUGCCGACUCCCGGCCCCCCAUCCCCUCCCCGCGCCCCCUCCCUGCGGACGGCGGAGAUGGCGGAUCCAGCUGAAUGCAGCAUCAAAGUGAUGUGCCGGUUCCGGCCCCUCAACGAAGCGGAGAUCCUCCGCGGGGACAAAUUCAUCCCUAAAUUUAAAGGCGAUGAGACCGUGGUAAUCGGGCAAGGGAAGCCGUAUGUCUUCGACAGAGUACUGCCCCCCAGCACGACCCAGGAGCAGGUUUACAAUGCGUGUGCAAAGCAAAUUGUCAAAGAUGUCCUUGAAGGUUACAAUGGGACGAUUUUUGCAUAUGGACAGACUUCAUCAGGAAAAACACACACCAUGGAGGGGAAGCUGCAUGACCCUCAACUCAUGGGGAUCAUCCCAAGGAUCGCACACGACAUCUUUGACCAUAUCUAUUCCAUGGAUGAAAACCUGGAGUUUCACAUCAAGGUUUCCUAUUUUGAGAUUUACUUGGACAAAAUCAGGGAUUUACUCGAUGUAUCCAAGACAAAUUUGGCCGUUCAUGAAGAUAAAAACAGAGUUCCGUAUGUAAAGGGGUGCACCGAGAGGUUUGUGUCCAGCCCCGAGGAAGUCAUGGAUGUAAUAGAUGAAGGCAAGGCAAACCGACACGUGGCCGUAACAAACAUGAAUGAACACAGCUCUAGAAGUCACAGUAUCUUCCUGAUUAAUAUUAAACAAGAGAAUGUAGAGACUGAAAAAAAACUCAGUGGGAAGCUUUAUCUAGUUGAUUUGGCUGGGAGUGAAAAGGUCAGCAAAACUGGUGCCGAGGGAGCUGUUCUCGACGAAGCUAAAAAUAUCAAUAAGUCUUUGUCUGCUCUUGGAAACGUGAUCUCUGCCCUGGCAGAAGGGACAAAAACACACGUGCCAUACCGGGACAGCAAGAUGACUCGGAUUCUUCAGGACUCUUUGGGUGGGAACUGUAGAACGACCAUUGUCAUUUGCUGUUCUCCCUCUGUCUUCAAUGAAGCCGAGACUAAGUCAACGCUGAUGUUUGGACAAAGGGCUAAGACCAUCAAGAAUACAGUCUCUGUGAACCUGGAGCUGACAGCAGAAGAAUGGAAGAAGAAAUAUGAAAAAGAGAAAGAGAAAAACAAGACUUUGAAGAAUGUUAUCCAGCAUCUGGAGGUGGAGCUAAACAGAUGGAGAAAUGGAGAAGCUGUGCCCGAGGAUGAACAGAUCAGCGCUAAGGACCAGAAGACCCUGGAGCCCUGUGAUAACACGCCGAUCAUCGACAAUAUUGUUCCUGUCGUCUCCGGCAUCUCUGUGGAAGAGAAGGAAAAGUACGACGAGGAGAUCUCCAGUCUCUACAGACAGCUGGACGAUAAGGAUGAUGAAAUUAACCAGCAGAGCCAGCUGGCUGAAAAGCUGAAACAACAGAUGUUGGAUCAGGAUGAGCUUUUAGCUUCUACAAGAAGAGACUAUGAGAAGAUCCAAGAGGAGCUGACACGUCUCCAAAUUGAAAAUGAAGCAGCCAAAGAUGAAGUGAAAGAAGUUCUCCAGGCCCUGGAGGAACUGGCUGUCAAUUAUGACCAGAAGUCACAGGAAGUGGAGGAUAAAACCAGGGCCAAUGAGCAGUUGACAGAUGAACUGGCCCAGAAAACGACUACAUUGACAACUACACAGAGAGAACUGAAUCAGCUGCAAGAACUUAGCAACCACCAGAAAAAGAGAGCUACCGAGAUCCUGAAUUUACUGUUGAAGGAUCUGGCGGAGAUAGGUGGAAUCAUUGGCACCAAUGAUGUGAAGACUCUGGCAGACGUGAAUGGAGUCGAAGAGGAGUUCACCAUGGCCCGUCUGUACAUCAGCAAGAUGAAGUCGGAGGUCAAGUCCCUGGUGAACGCAGCAAGCAGCUUGAGAGCCCAGAUGGAUUCCAACAGGAAGAUGAAUGCCAGCGAGCGGGAGCUGGCCGCAUGCCAGCUGCUCAUAUCCCAGCAUGAAGCCAAGAUCAAAUCCCUGACAGACUACAUGCAGAACAUGGAACAGAAGAGGAGGCAGUUGGAAGAGUCCCAAGACUCGCUCAGUGAAGAGCUGGCCAAGCUCCGAGCCCAAGAAAAAAUGCAUGAAGUCAGCUUCCAGGAUAAGGAGAAGGAACAUCUCACGCGACUGCAGGAUGCUGAGGAAAUGAAGAAGGCGCUGGAGCAGCAGAUGGAGAGCCACCGGGAGGCUCACCACAAGCAGCUGUCCAGACUUCGAGAUGAAAUUGAGGAGAAGCAGAAAAUCAUUGAUGAAAUUCGGGAUUUGAAUCAGAAACUGCAACUGGAACAAGAGAAGCUCAGUUCUGAUUAUAACAAGCUGAAAAUAGAGGACCAAGAGAGAGAAAUGAAACUGGAAAAGCUCCUAUUGCUCAAUGACAAAAGGGAACAAGCCAGGGAGGACCUCAAAGGUCUGGAAGAGACAGUGUCUCGAGAAUUGCAGACUCUACAUAAUCUCCGUAAACUCUUCGUCCAGGAUCUGACUGCCCGGGUUAAAAAAAGUGUAGAGCUGGACAGCGAUGAUGGAGGAGGCAGUGCUGCCCAGAAGCAGAAAAUUUCCUUCCUGGAGAAUAACCUGGAGCAGCUCACUAAGGUUCACAAACAGCUGGUCCGGGACAACGCAGACCUGCGCUGUGAGCUGCCCAAGCUGGAGAAACGGCUGCGUGCCACGGCGGAGCGCGUCAAGGCCCUGGAGAGCGCGCUGAAGGAGGCCAAGGAGAACGCCAUGCGGGACCGCAAGCGCUACCAGCAGGAGGUGGAUCGCAUCAAGGAGGCCGUGCGGGCCAAGAACAUGGCCAGGAGGGCCCACUCGGCCCAGAUCGCCAAGCCCAUCCGCCCUGGACACUACCCAGCAUCGUCUCCAACGGCUGUCCACGCCAUCCGAGGGGGAGGAGGCAGCUCUUCAAACUCUACUCACUCCCAGAAAUAAAUACGAAAUCUGACUCUCCAUGUAGCAUGUCAAGGACGACAUUAAUCACCAAUUCCUUUAUUUUUUUUCCCCUCCUACACAAUUUCCAUUUUCUUUUACACUUGCUUACCCCAGCCAUCUGCAGUAUACCAGUUUCAGGUAUUUGAGCUGUGUAGAAUUUCUGUGUACAGCUGUGUGCUUGGACUUUUCUCUUCCUGAGAAAUCUGAAGGGGAUGAUUACAGAAGAUCCACUUACUCCUGGAAACCAUUGCUGCGGACCCGGCCUCGGGGCCUUGGGUGGUCUCUGGGCAGUCCUUGGAGCCUCCUUUCUCGGCACUUUCCCAGCAAACGCCCUAACGUGCCAUGAUCACGACACUCUGCCGCAACUGUCUGGUUUCCUGUAAAAUAAACACAUUACUUUAUAUUUUUAGGGAACAAAAAAAAGUGCUGCUAUCGGGUUCAAAAUUUUCAUUCUGAACACUUUUCCAAAACAAAUUACUCCAAGGAAGCAUUUUGAAUACGCUGGUCACAUCUUUGGAUCUGUAAAAUACACCUUUUUAGUAUGGCACCCGUUAAAGUGCAAAGCAAAUUUCUCCAAGGCAGAAAAACAAUCUGACAGUAGCAGUGUAGAAUUUGUUCAUUCAAACAUCUGUGUAAAUGCGAAAAAUCAUGAAAUUCACCUCUGGGCUGCUUGCUAUUGAACCUGCAGCAACUCGUCUCAGCCAGCCCGUCAUUCCUUCAGAAGUGUUGAAAAUGCUGCUAAGUUGGGGGAGUGAAAAUGGGCCUGCCCCCCUCCUCCCUGAUGCUAUUAGAGCUUUGGGAUGGUCUCUUUCGCUAGGGAACCAUCUUGAGCCUUGAGGGGGUAUUGCUGCCAAAAUCCAGGAUCAUUCCAGCGGUUGAAAGAGGAAGCCCUGGGGAGGAAAUAAUUGACAAAUUUUUGUGCCUAUGAAUAAGUUGCCAUGAAUAAGUUGUUAUUUUAACCCAUCGUUGCUGACUGAGUUUCUCUUCGGCAUCAAAUAGAUAGGUUUCAUCAUCUUAGAAGAAAUCAGAAUGGGUGUUUUUUGUUUUCUUUUUUUUUUAAUAUUUAGCUACUACUGUAUUCAAAUACAUGAAUCUAAAGCUGAAUCAACCCUUACUUCCAGGUGUAAAUAUUAAAAUGAUUGAUUUCCAAGUGGUAAAAUUUUCAGGGAAACUGACAAGGAUUCAAUUAAAUUGGUCUUCUGUGCUGCUACUGUUUUGACAAAUUCGAGGGUAAGUCAAUGGCAACCAAACGAAUCUCGGUGAAAAGCACCCAUCUUAUCAUUGUGCCUGCCCAAGAUGAGCGAGCUGGCACUGUCCCUGCUGCUGUCACCACUAGAAUGAAAUGUAUGCCGGGGGAGAUACUGGGCUUUCUCGUGGCUAUGUGGGUGGAAGGGUGUGUGUGUGUGUGUGUGUGUGUGUGUGUGUGUGUGUGUGUGUAAGAGAAAGAGGAUAAAUCACUAAGGACUGUGAAUUGACUUCCAAACUCGUGUGUAAAAUUCCCUAACAAAGCAAAGCUGCUUUGACUUAAUUUAUUUGUUAAAUGUUGCACUUUUUUUAUGUGUGUUUUGUUUGGGGGGGGGAGUAAGGAGAGACGAGGGUGAAUUCUACUGAAUUAUUUAUUUGCUAAAGAUGACAGUUUUGCAUUCGUUUGCAUUUUUAACAUUCUGUUUGAUUUUAUGUUGUUGCCAGUGAAAUAAAACGGCUCGAUUGCUAUUUGCAGUAUGAUAGAAGGGUCCUUAGGGCAGGUUUUGCAAACCUCAUCAGGUGAUAACAUGCCAUAGAUUAUAACUACAUCUGAUUUUAAAAGCAAAAACAUUACAUUGGUCUUUGAGAAGAUUGCCAAUUAAUAAUUGUUAUACCACUACUGUCUUACUAUAUUACUUUGUGUUUGGAAAUUGAACAAACGUCAGUAAUUUCUUUUUGGUUCUCUUGUUAAUAGAUAAUUUUAGACUUUUUUUCCAAAGUAAUUUGUCCCUGGGUACCCGUUUUCUACUUUAAAGAAUUGCUUGGUCCUUUCAUGUUUCAAAAAGAAACAUUCACUUAUAAUUCUUUCCAUAUUUCUUGAUCUCUACAAGAGACUCAGAAAAUUCACUUUACUUUUAUUCACAGAGAAAGUUGGCUUUGAUGUCUCUUAAAGAUAAUUCUGCUAGUUGCUGAUCAGCCAGUCAGUUCACCUAGCUUUGAUCUUUAUAGGACCUCUAAACUAAUUUUCCUAUGCUGUGAUUAAUACGUAGGCAGAUUAUUGGAACGGAUUUUAUAGUAUAUUCAAAUGGAUCCCUAAAUAUUUGUGUAAUAAGCUAAUAUCAGGACUAUAUACUCUGUAGGCCACUUACUUUAAAAAGUCACAUUUAUGUAAUUUUUGUAUUUUUAGACUAUUUCUCCUUUACAUUUGGACUCUAAAUGUGAAAACCACACUUCUGAAUGGCCAAGCCUAUGGUUAUAUUUUUGGUUGUAUGUUGCUUUGUGUGUGUGUGUG